CUCCCCUCUCUCUCUUCAGUUCAGCUUCUCUCUCUUCCUGCACUCACUCUGUCGUUGGCGUUCGCGUUGACUGGCCAGAGUCCGCGAGCUGAACACCCUCCACUUUAUUUGAUCCGCUACUUUCCUCUGCUUUCUCUGCUCUUUUUUUUAAAACUCUCUCCCAUCUCUUCAGCUCACCCAUUCAUCUCUGUCCUGCCCUCGGGGACUUGACAGCCCACCAGCCUCUGGUUCCUCUCCUACUACUUCCUGAUCUCCUUCUAACAUCUGAUUGGUCAUGGCGUACCACAGCUUCCUGCUGGAACCAAUUAGCUGCCAUGCCUGGAACAAAGAUCGAUCCCAGAUUGCCCUGUGUCCCAACAACCACGAGGUCCACAUCUAUAAGAAAGAUGGGACCAAGUGGACCAAAAUCCAUGAGCUAAAGGAACACAAUGGGCAGGUGACAGGUAUUGAUUGGGCUCCGGAAAGUAACCGCAUAGUUACCUGUGGAGCGGACCGUAACGCCUACGUGUGGACCCUGAAAGAGGGAACGUGGAAGCCCACCCUGGUCAUCCUCAGGAUCAACCGUGCCGCUCGCUGUGUGAAAUGGUCACCUAAAGAGAACAAAUUUGCUGUUGGCAGCGGCUCUCGUCUCAUCUCCGUCUGCUAUUUUGAGCAGGAAAACGACUGGUGGGUGUGUAAGCACAUUAAGAAGCCGAUCCGCUCUACAAUCCUGAGUUUGGACUGGCACCCCAACAACGCCCUUCUGGCUGCUGGAUCCUGCGAUUUCAAAUGCAGAGUGUUUUCAGCCUACAUAAAGGAGGUGGAGGAGAAGCCUGGGCCCACUCCCUGGGGUAGCAAGAUGCCCUUUGGGGAGUUGCUCUUUGAGUCCGGAGGGUCUCCAGCAGCAGCUCAGACUUCAGGAGCAAGCGGCGGCUGGGUGCACAGCGUGUGCUUCUCGCACUCUGGCAACCGCCUGGCCUGGACCUCCCAUGACUCAACUCUUUGUGUGUCCGAGGGCGGCAAGAACGGCACGUUGACCAGUCUCAGCUCGGAGACACUUCCUCUGCUGUGUGUCACCUUCAUUACUGAGAACAGCUUGGUAGCAGCUGGCCAUGAUUGUUACCCGGUGCUGUUUGUGUAUGACGGUGCCAAAGGCAGCUUGACAUUUGGUGGCAAACUGGAUGUUCCUAAGCAGGCGGCCCAAAAGGGCAUCAGCGCCAGGGAGCGUUUUCAGAACCUGGACCGUCGAGCCUCGGAGACCCAGAACACCGACAAGGACCUGAACACUCUCCACAAGAACAGCAUCAGCCAAAUCUCUGUGCUGGAAGGAGGAAGAAACCAGUGCACCAAAUUCUGCACCACUGGUAUGGAUGGAGGAAUGGGCAUUUGGGAUGUCAAGUCUCUGGAGUCUGCCAUGAAGGACUUGAAGAUAGUCUAAACUGAAGUUUACAUUUCUCCGACCAAAGUUGCUCCCGGAGUUAUGGAGAAAAACUGCUGCCUUAUUACCCAAAGCUUCUUGGCCUUAUUUUAAUCAGGUAUAUUUUUUAUAUAUGCAGGUUCAACGAGCAGACUUCAGUUCAAACAGUGUUUGCGAUCUCUCUGAAGCUUUAUGCUGAGCUUGUUACAUUCAGUGCUGUAUACAGAGGGACUGACCAUAUGUCUGCAAACGGUACUUAAUGACUUAGAUUAGAGCUCAGCCUGAGCUGACUGCUUAAAGCAGGCAUUUUCUAUUAAUCAGAAUGAAAUGCUGCAAUAAUUGUUAAACGCUUAUGCUGGUCAUAAUAUGCAUUUAAUAAAAGAUUACUGUUAAAGUG